AUGAUUAAUACCACGUGUGGUUGCGAUCACAUCCGGACACUCGUCCACACCAAUGACCACCACUUCCAGGACUAUCAACGGCUCAAACACGAGUGUACGGCCGCCGCCGCCUCCACUCCCAUCCCCUCCGACAGCGGCCGAAGUAUUGGCCAUACAGUGGAGGACAGGCGCCGCCCGAAGACCACUCGAGUGGCAAAUGUUUGCCACGAGUGUACCGGUGAUGACCGCGACAUCGAUGAUUUGACGGCCGCUGACCACCCGCUCGACGGACACCAAAUUACCGGCAUUUGUGUCGGACGGACGGCCGUGAAGUGUGUGACCAAAUCAGACUUCUAUAGAUAUCAACAGUUUCUGAAGCCAUUGACGAAAUCCGUGUCCACAAACACCGUUAACCAGACGCCGGUGACUGUGGCCGCGGCCGGCGUGGCGGGCAUUCAAUGCAAUUGUUGCGGUCACCAGACGCUGACCGCCGAAGAGAUGUACGCCCAUCAGCGGCACAUCCAUCGCGCGCAGCGUAUCGACGACUGUCUGAUUAACUACGAGUGCAGUGACCGCCAGUGCGGGUUCAAGUGUCCCGACCAGAGCUCGUGGUUUGACCAUAAGCUACAGCACGAGCGGUGCGAUCGCACUGUUGUGUUCAAUAAGCGUCAAAACACUUCAACCGCCAGACCUCUGUCUGACCCGAUAGUAAUGGACAGACACUCGCAACCAAUGGCGCCGCAGACCAACGAACUCUCAUUGGCCAUCUCAUCGAUCAGUAGCGCCAGCGAUGGCACAGUUGUCGUGAAUGCCGUUCCCAUCAGGAGUAACGACCAACCGCUGAUGGCGUACCCGACGGCGGCCAACGCUGGAACAGCUGAAGUGUUUUACAGGACAUACGAACUGAAGAACUUUAAUCCAUUGAAAUGCACGCACUGUUCGUACGGUAUAAAGCGAGACAACGAGACCAAUGGCCUAAUGCGGGCCCAUAUGUGCGGACAGCACCCGAACCACAGCUCAGACUUUGAUAAGUCAUUGGCCGCCAAAGAGGCCAACACUGCGUACGUGUUUGAGUGCAUUGAAUGCCAGCGUAUACUCGAAGACCAGGUGGUGUUGGAUCUGCACCACCAGACUGUCCACUCGGGGGUUACCGCUUACCGGCUGUGGUGCGACCUCUGCUCCUACACCACCGACUCGUACCAAGAGUUCAUUCAACACAACAGCCGCCACAGGACUCGCGUCCAGAAGAUUGGCCACAACACCGCCGCUCGAGAGGUGGUCAGCGAAAGCGUGGCCACAGUUGUUGUGACCGAAGCCGAUGGCGACGAAGAAGUGGAUGAAGACCACGAUAUGACAGAAUCCGUGACCGCCGAAGAGGAGGAAGGGUUGGAGGCGACGGCGGAGACGGAAACAAUUGGCGAUCAAUUGGUGAUCAAAUGCAUGGACCGGCGGUACCACUGCUCUCAGGAUGACUGUCACAAGUCGUUCAAACACGAGUACCUAUUGAUCAAACACACCCGCAAUCACCACAAACUCAUCGAAUGUGACAAAUGCCAGACCCGAUACAAGUCCGUACAGCUGUUGAACGCCCAUCUGCUGAAGUCGCACCGCGAGUAUCUGAUCCGCUGUCAGUCCUGCGACUACCAGACCUUCUGGCCGUCUUUCCACGACCGACACGUCACACGUCAUCACAUGACCCAAUGGUGGUCGUGUCAGCACAAGAACUGCGCCGAACGGUUCCUGAAGCAACAGUCGCUGGAGAGGCACGUGAAUAAAGCGCAUAAACGCGGGUUCCGGCCGUACGAGUGUCCGGACGACGGGUGCGGCGCCGAGUACUACACUCAGGGCGAAUUGAUCAGACACAGGGGUCGGGCCCACAGGGCGCUGGUCUACGAGUGCGACCAAUGCGAGUACCGGUGCUGCGACACGGGCUCACUCGCCGCCCACCGUAACGAUCGUCAUCUGCGGCACGUCUACCGGUGCUCAGCCGCCGACUGUCGCUUCGAGUCCCGUCACUCGUCGGUACUGAACGGCCACUGGAAUCGUUGCCACAGUCGGCGGUACGCGUGCGGCCAUAACGGCUGCGGCCGUGUGUACGCCACCCGCGCUCUGCUGACCAAACACACGGCUCGACACCCGUUUCCCAAUGUGUGUGAUGUCGGCCACUGUGGCCGCGAUUUCAUGUCAUUCAAGGCGCUGGCGGUGCACAAGUGGUCCGCCCAUAACGUGCCCAUACGUGACCGGAAGCACGUCUGUCCGCACUGUCACCGCUACGAAGAAAGGCUACGGACAUCACCUCAAGACCAAACACCAGCGCAGACCGACGGCGGCGGUGGUGGCAGUCACUCAAUGAUCGAUGAACUGAUUCUCUGGAAGAGUCGGUUCCACGAAGAGAAUGAGAUUUACUGGACGGACAUCUAUCCCGAAGACUUGCCGACCGAUCGAUACGAUUGCGUUCUAGAUUUACAUUUGCGCAACCAUUUAUACAGUGCGCCCCUAAGUGUGUCAUCUCUGUUGAACACUUCUACGGGCCUUUCAGUGGCCAACUGUGGGUCCAAUUGCCACAAUCGGGCCCCCAUUUGGUUGCGCUCUGACUCCAAAGUCACUGCUAUUUGUGUCAAUGAAUGGCAUUCAAUCUCUUUGGCUCUUAUCGUUCGCUCCAAUUCACUAAUCUUUCGCCGCAUGUCAUCGACGGUGCGGUCAUCGGGUGUCGGCCGCCACCGAUUGGGUGCCACCAAUUGA